CGUGUGCGCGGGGAGCAGCGCUCCGCUCCGCGGGGCGCCAUGGGGCGGGCGGGCCGCCGGCUGCCCGCGCUGGCAGCGCUCUUCUACGGGGCGCUGGCGGCCCUGGUGCUGCUGGGCGUGCGGGACGUGAUGUUCCUCUACGAGGAGAACCGGUGCAGCAUGACCUACAUGUACGAGUACCCCGAGUACCUGAAAAUAAAAUUACCUAAGAAAACAGCCAGACGAUACCCAGCAUAUGAGCUGUAUCUCUAUGGGGAAGGGAACUAUGCUGAAGAAAACAAAAAUCUCCUAUUGACAGGAAUUCCAGUUCUCUUUCUGCCCGGGAAUGCUGGCAGUUACAAACAAGUACGUUCUCUUGGCUCCAUUGCACUUAGAAAAGCAGAAGAUGUUGACUUCAAGUAUCAUUUUAAUUUCUUCAGUGUCAACUUUAAUGAGGAGUUGGUUGCAUUGUAUGGUGGUAGUCUGCAACAACAGACCAAGUUUGUCCAUGAGUGCAUAAAAGUAAUUCUUAAGUUGUACAAGGAUCGAGAAUUUGCACCGAGCAGUGUAGCAAUAGUUGGGCAUUCCAUGGGUGGUCUUGUUGCAAGAGCAUUGCUCACUCUGAAGAAUUUUAAGCCUGAACUUAUAAACCUGCUCAUUACACAAGCCACACCUCACGUUGCACCUGUAAUGCCUUUAGACAAAUACCUUACUGAUUUUUAUACAGCUGUAAACAAUCAUUGGAUUCUAAAGGCCCAAGAUUUAAGAAAUUUAACCACCCUUUCUGUGGCGGGAGGAUUCAGAGAUUACCAAGUUCGUUCAGGACUGGCUUUUCUACCAAGAUUGAGUCAACAUGACAGUGCCUUAUCUGUUGUGAGCUCAGCUGUGCCUAGAGCUUGGGCCUCAACUGACCACCUCUCCAUAGUGUGGUGCAAAGAAUUGAUCCUGGCUACCAUUAGAGCUCUUUUUGAUCUCAUAGAUGAAAAUACAAGGCAGAUAACUGAAGACCCAAAGAAGAGAAUGUCUGUACUGAAUCACCACUUUGUGAGACACCCUGCAAAGAUGUUUGAGGAAAAUCCUGAAGCUUUUACACACCUCACAGGAGCUUUCAAGUGGAUUACAGUCAAAGGCUCAAAAUGGACUUACUCAGUUUACAAUGAUUCUGAUGGAAAAUAUUUCUCAUUUCCUCUUGCAAGCCACAGAAUAUCAUACAGUCAUGUUUACUGUGAAAAUAGUAUGUUGGACACAAGUAGUUGGAUUUAUGGCUGCAUGAACACUAAUUCAUCAAUGUGCCUGGAAGCUGCUGAUUUAUCCUGGAGAGCUGAGUUACUUCCAACCACCAAGGUUGUAAUGCUGAAACUUCUGGACUAUCCUUCUUUGUCCCACGUUGUCAUUCAGGUACCACCUGCAGUUGGCAAUAAGUAUACUUUGGGCUGUGAAUUCUUCAAAGAGGAUUCCAGAGCAGUCCAGCUUCCUGUAACACAUCUUUUUUCAUUUGGGUUUUCUUCAAGCAAAAUUCUAUUAAAUUCAAGUGGAUUACUUUACAAUGUACAGCUCCAGCACUUCAACCAAAUAUAUCAAGCUUUCAAAAUUUAUAUAGACAGUCACUGCCAGUCACUCAAAGAAAGAAAACCAAGUGUUUACAGACUUCAUAUCCCCUGGUCAUAUGAAGACUCAAUAACUGUAGCGAACAGUGACCAUGUAAGUUGCUGUUUCAGAGUUCCAUCUCUUGUUGAGAUUUCUGCCAAACUGCACAUUGCUCAGCCUCACAGUGACAGCAGCCUUGCAGAGUUAAACAUUUACUCUUCCCCAGACUGUCAGUAUGAAGUAAUUCUGAAGACAUCACUUCUACAAGUUCUUGGGCAAAUAGUAAGGUUCCAUGCUGGUGCUUUUCCAGUCUAUAUUGUUUCUAGUAUUCUUCUUACUUAUGGAGGACAACUGAGCACAUUAAGAUCAACAGGCCAGUGUUCAGACUUCUCCCUUGAACUAGUUAGGGCAGCAAAGCCCUACAAAGUAGAACCUCUUAUAAGCAUUGUUGUGUUUCUGCAGGGGUUUAACUGGUUUAGAGAGAUAUGGGAAUCACUGUCACUACCAGAGGUGGAUGCUGCUGUACUGAGUAGUCAGGAUGCAUGGUUCCCCCUUGUGUCCCUGAUUCUAUUUCUUUUUGGGACAGGCAUUGCCUACUGGAGUGGAGUAUUUUUCUCUACAUCUCUGAGACUCUUCUCUUCAUUAUGGUUAACUCUGAUUAGGCCUACUGAACUUCAGAAAGAUAAGUUGAUUACACCCAGCAGACUCUGUGGGAUGGUAUCUCUUGCUUUGGUUAGCUGGACCACUUGUGGUGCAUUUGCUGUACUCAUUAUUUAUCUUCAAUACUUGUUCAAGGUUAUAAAACUGCAUGUAACUCUAAGAGCAGAGCAAAACAUGCACAACAGGGAUUCAGGCCACUCAAAAGAAACUUCACAGAACUCCAGUACACACACAUUCAAAGCCCAGUGUUCAGUGGACAGCAUUCCAGAAGCAACACAGUCUCCUUCCAACAGCAAAACACUUGCUGAAGCUGUUAACAGUCUUAAGAUGCACAUUACAGUCCUUAAUUUAUUCACAUGGAUUGUGCUGCUCAACUUGCCAUCUUUAAUUUAUUGGUUAAAAAAUCUCAGGUACAGUGUUAGACUUGAUCCUGAUCCCUGUAGAUCCACAGCUAUUAUCCUCGUGUGCAUCUUAGAAAUUCUAAUGAAUUCAAGUACUUGUGAAGUGAAAUCAAGUAAACUCUUGAAGAUUGCAGUCAAAAUUCCACUCCCUUUGUCUGUUGCAAUGCUGGCCUUUGGACGAAUGCAUCUAUACAGAGUCCCACACUUUGUAACCUUUUCUCUUCUUCUACAUGUGCUGUGCUGUUUUGUGUAAUGUUCAUUCUAUAUAGGACAAUGCACCCUAGAAACUUAACACUGGAGAUGGGAAAAAUUGCAACACAGAAAUGCCUAAAUUAAUAUGAUCAGUAGUUUACAUUAUGUGGGAAAGAGGACAGAACUGUGAAUACUUUACAGAAAAUUCAUGGUUUUAUUCAUGUUGCUUAGAAAACUUUUCCUGGUGUUUAUUUCAUGUCUCUGAAAAUGGAGUGAUUUGGAGUGAUUUAACUGUGUAUAAGCACAUGACUCAUACCGGUGCAACAUCUCAAUACUCUGCCUUGUAGACACUUUGGUAUUUCACUAUACUGCUUUGUGAAAACAGACAUUUUUUACUCACUGUGCCAUGCAGUGUCUGUGUUCUGAACUUGCAUCUCUUGCAGGUCUGAAGUAUGCUGGUUAAAACUCAAUGCAUUUCAAGCACACUGUGACUAUCACAAAAACCACACAGCCAAGUAUACUUUGAAUUAUUUUAUGUUAAAUUCAAAAGCUGCCACAUUUGUGUCCAGACAAACUAGAAUGUACUGCUUAUAUAGAACUGUUAUUUCUAUCAAAUCAUUUGUUCAAUCAGUGUGAGUUGAACAUUUGUGAGAUUAGUCUUACACAUUUUACUUUUUGUGAGAGUGAGAAGACAACAGUAUUCUAUGUAGCUUUCUAUUCAGGAAGGAUACCAGCAGAUUCAUAAACAAUUUGCUGUAAUGUUGUUUUAAAACAUUGUCAGUUUUAUCUGGAAUUUUGAAAUUAAUCCUUGGACUUUGUCCAUAUGUAGAAGCUACCAAACUUUGAGAUAUGGUGUGAGUUAACAGUGCAGCUGCUGCACUCUUUCUAAGUAGACAAGGCAGGCUUUUUUCCUAUUGUAAACAGAGACUCAACCAUCUCCUAAUAAAUGCCAAUACAUAAAUGAAUAUGGAAUAGUUACAACCCUGCAAACUCCUGUCCUGCCAUACAGUGCUACCUUCUGCAUGUGGGCAAACUCAAUAAUAGUGGGAAUUACUGACCGUAAUUAUUAGCUCUGUAUAAAUUUUAUCUUAGUGCCUAGAUGCUACAGUGACUGCCAUUUAUAAUAAAGCCUACAAUAGCUAUGU